AUGAACGGCGCGUCUCCUGCACAUUCUACGGUUUCGACGACCGCCGUAGCUGGUGGCGGUGGAAGCAGCGGCGCCGCCGCCGGUCUAGACGAUUUCCAAUUUCCACCGGAUAUUCCAUCUAUGCAGGAGCGAAAGGACGAAGCCAUGCGCGUUUUGAAAGCUGAUUUGAUGGCUGAGCUUGACAAAGAGGUUAAAUCCUUGGAAGAAGAUAACUGGAUGUUCGAUGGUCCUCGUUCCCGAAUCCAUCUUAUCUCUAGAAGAGGUAACUUUCUGAAGAAAGAAUGUGAAGCGUUGGUGAAAUCAAGCAUUGUUCAGCUGCCCAGAUGA